AUGACCAUGCACCACCAGCUCAACGGGAGCUCCGGUUCAAACGGCGUCGUCAAGACGAGACGAUCGCACCGAAAAUCCCGGAACGGCUGCAGUGAGUGCAAGCGACGACACAUACGAUGCGACGAGCGCCGUCCAGCCUGCACCAACUGCACAAUUGCUGAGCGCGCAUGCUCGUUCCCUCCUGCUCGCCAGCCGCAGAGCCAACUCGAGCCCCUACCGCCGCCGCAGCUGCCGCACAGCCCGGCCGACUCGCAUCUGAGCCGCAAAUCUCAACAUUCGCCAUCGUCGUUCGCUCCGGCGCCUCCCGCCGGUCCUCAGACCUUGCCUUCCUUUACCGAAUCCUUCACCAACACCGCAUACCACCCGCCUGUUCCUCCGGCCUCACUCUUCACGGCCGAGCAUCUCAUGCUCUUCCACCAUUUGUCCGAUGCCAUGAGCGACUGCAUCUUGGCUCGCGGCCAGGUCAAGGUCGUGCUAGAUGUCGCCAUCAGACACUUGAUAGAUGCUCCCUACCUCAUUGACCAGCUGCUGGCUCUGUCGGCGCUGCAUGUGGCCUUCACCACCAAACCGGGGGAGAUGCCGUUGAAUGGUACAGUUGCAUCGUUCCGGAAUCAGGCCACCGAGCUGCAGACGCGCGCUCUGUCGUCCUUUACACGCAUUACAGCCAUGGUCCCUGCCGAUGAUACGGCUACCUGCGUCCCUCGGUUUCUUUUUGCCAGUCUGUUGAGCAACCAGGUCCUAGCCGAGACCCUGCUGCAGCAUCAGCAGCCACAGCCCCUUCCCUACCACCACGAUGUCAUGGGAGUCCAUGGCGGAGGCGGCGGAGGAGGUGUUAUUGGGGGUGGAGGUGCUAGUGGUGGCGCCAUCAGCUUCCAUGGGUUCAUUGAACGGAUGGUUGAGUGUAUCCAUCUUCACCGGGGUGUUCUGGCCCAAGUCCGCCCAACUUGGGAUUACCUCAUGCAGUCCGAGCUGUAUCCCCUACUUCAUAUCACCCACGAUGCUAACAUCGCCGCCGUGACACUGAAAUCUGGCACAGAGUGCACCGCUCUCCGGCAAAUGAUAGAUGCUGCCGCCUCUCCGGUGUCCCGGUAUGGUGACGCCUCACCACCCCGCCUUGACCAAGCCAGCGCUGAUGCCUGCCGCGUGGCCAUUGACUCACUUCAGUGGGCAUUCGACAUGCAUCGAGCUCUGCCUGAACAAGACAUCUCGCAUGCCCCCUCUGCCUUUAUCGUCACCCUUGAGGCGGAAUACGUGGACGUGUUGCGAACACUGCUGCCUGAAGCCUUGAUGAUUCUAGCCUACUUGGGCGUGCUGAUCCAUCGGUGCCGGCACUUCUGGACGUUUGGCACCGCAGGCGCAAAUCUGAUCCGCGCCAUCGCGGGGUAUCUUGGAGGCCACUGGCACGAACCGCUGGCAUGGCCCCUCAAGGUGAUUGAGGAAGAGACUGACUAA